GUCAAAAGUCUAAAUUCGUAACGGUCGGAUUUUAUAAGACUGACGUUGGGUGGGUGAAGUGAACGUUAGUGGAGAUGAUGGGGAAACGAAAGGGGCGUCAAUCAGAGAACACAGAAACCCUAAAUACUUCUAGUAGGGGAGGAGAUGAUGAAUCCAGAAAUGGACGAUUAGAUGAUUUAGAAGAAGGCGAGAAAUCAGGCUUCUUCGCUUGCUAUUUGUUGACGUCACUCUGCCCUAGAUACAAAGGACACACCUACAUCGGAUUCACUGUGAACCCACGGCGGCGUAUUAGGCAACAUAAUGGUGAAUUAUGCAGCGGUGCAUUUAGAACCAAGAAAAAACGCCCUUGGGAAAUGGUACUCUGCAUCUAUGGUUUCCCAACUAAUGUUGCUGCUCUUCAGUUUGAGUGGGCUUGGCAACACCCUGUGGAAUCACUAGCAGUAAGAAAGGCGGCAGUUGGUUUUAAGUCACUGGGCGGACUUGCAAACAAGAUCAAAUUAGCAUACACAAUGCUCACUCUACCAACCUGGAACAACUUGAACCUCAAUGUAAACUUCUUUUCAACAAAAUACACAAAGCAUUAUGCGGGGUGCCCUACCUUGCCCAGCCACAUGAGGGUUCAUGUUCGCUCCAUGGAUGAACUUCCAUGUUACACAGAAGGAUAUAAAGAAAGUGAAGAAGAUGAUAUGUUUGGAUUUGGCAACAGUUUUAGGGAUGAUGAUGAAGAACCGGUUCUUGUUUCUUCAAAUCAUCAUAACAACAAAGAAGAAGAAGAAGAAGAAGAAGAAGCAACUUCUGUUUCAGAUACUGAAAUUCAUGAACAAGAAGUAGAACCAGUUUUUGUUUCUUCACAUCAUGAAAUUUUUGAAGAAGAAGAAGAAGCAACUUCUGUUUCAGAUACUCAAAAUCUUGAUGAUUCUCUGGUGUGGGUGAUCAGUGAUACACCAGAGAAAUCGUUUGUGUCUCCGGUGAUUGAAGAUGGAAAUGGUAAAGUGAAGGGGGGUAUGGGUGAGGAUGGAAUUGGAAUUGGGACUGGAAUUGGAAUUGGAAUUGAGAUUCCUGUUUCUGGUGGUGGGGUUGAGGUGAUAGAUGUUUUCAGUCCAUCACCGGAGUACAGGGCGAGUUCAAGAAGGAAGAAAAGGGCGGUUUUUGUUGACUGCCCUGAGAUUAUUGACUUGACUCAGUCUCCCAUAUGUGUGUAAGUGUAUGUUGUUUACAGCGACCAGCUUUCACUAUCUAAGUGAAAGAAGCCAAACUUGGUUACUAAAACAGGUGUAUGGUGAAAGUUGAGGGACUCAAUUGUAAUUCAUGUUAUUUGUUUUAUUAUUACAUAAAGAGUGGAAUGAUC